AUGGCUUCUGGUGCCGCUGCCGCUGUCGCUGCCGCCGUUGGGUUUUUUGCCAUUAUGGUCCUGUCUUCCCUGGGGCACACAGAGACAGGGCCGUUAUGCAGCGACUGUGGAUUGCUGUGCACUAUGAAGUGCAUAACAGAGAUCGCCACCACCUGCAGAAGUUACUGUGAGAACCCCUUGGCUGCUAGGCAGUCGUGCGAGAGGCAGGUCUUUCAGGCGUGCACGGUGACCUCCUGCUGCUACGGCAACUGCAGCCGUGAUUGCAUCUUGGAAGCCAAUAAUGGUUGCCAAUUUGUCCACGACACUACUAUCAAUUGCCAGUCUUGCAGGGGCGGUAUACUCCAGUCCUGCGUUCCCGCCUGCUACAGCAACUGCAACAGCACCUGCGUGAAGAAAGAAGAUGGAAGCUGA